AUGUCCAUCCUCAGUUUCACUGUUUGCUUCUUGGCUGCUGUUACGAUCGCCACUGCCGAGCCUGGUUAUGGCUAUAAACAGGCUCCUGCUUACAGACCUGCUGCGUAUCAAGCUCCUGCUUACAGAGCUCCUGCUUACCAGGCCCCUGCUUACCAGGCCCCUGCUUACCAGGCCCCUGCUUACCAGGCCCCUGCUUAUCAGGCCCCUGCAUACAGAGCCCCUGCAUAUCAAGCUGCAACGUACAGAGCUCCUGCAUAUCAAGCCCCUGCUUACAGGGCACCUGCCUACCAACCGGCUGCGUAUCGAGCUCCCGCUUACAUGGCACCUGUCCGCUCUUAUUAAUUUCCUAUUUGAGCUGGAACAUCUGCAAAAUUAUCAAUCGUAAUCUAAUUUUCUAGUAUAUUGCGGUCAUUCAAUCUCCUAAAAUCUAUGAGCUACUUAAAUAUUAGUAUAAAUGUCUAUUUAUUCCUUAUUUAUUGAUCGACUUAUUUAUCGACUUAACAACA